CAAUCAAUCAAUCAAUCAAUCGUAAAUCAUAUCUGCGGUGCAUCGUUAUAUCUGACGCGUUAUUCGAUUAUUACGAUUGGUUAUGUGACGAAUCAUUACAUUACCAUUCAAAAUGUUGGUUCGGUUUAGAACACCUUUGAAAAAUAGAAAUCUUAUUCGUGUCAUGAAAAUCAUUUCUGUGUGUUAUAUUCACUUUUUAUUUCUUUCCAUUUUACGCUCGGCAGCAUACAUUUGAUUCUCAUCUUUGAUUGUUUUAAACUUUUGAGAAUAGAAAACAUACAUAUGUUAUGAAAUCACUCAGAACUGUGUGUUCUGAACACUUUUUCAUCCCCCCUUUGCCAUUUGCAGUAUAAAUUUAAUUCUCAUCUAUUUGUAUUCCUUUUCAGUAUCAUAAUUCCUUACUAUGUCAUCUUCUUUUUCGUCAACAAGAGUUAUUAGGAAAUGUGACUUUACCCAGUGGUUAUUUUUCUUACACAAUGCAAACGUUAUUUAAACUUUAUUUCAGAUAUCAUUUUCAAUAUUGUAUGCGAUUGUAUGCCGGUAAAGUUAUCAACGUCUAUAGCAACGUCAUCGCCAUACCCUCGUCCAAUAGUUGUUACUGACAAAUAUGACAGAAGACGACAAUAACAUUAUUAUACCAAUUGUGGCUGCAUGUAUCGCUGCUUUCAUCUGCUUGGCAGCAUUUGUAAUUCUUAUCGUUAUAAUUUGCAGAAGGCAUCGGUCUGCGAAAGACAAAAGAAACGAUCAAACAAAUGAAGUCACAAUGUCUGACUUAGAACCUAACACAGAACAAAACGAGUGUGUUACUAACACUUAUGAAAUACCUGACCAAAAUGUUUAUGAAGGUCUAAAUAGGCAAGACAAUGCUCCAUCGGGUGAAAUGUACCAGCAUCUGUAUACAGAAACCAAUUAUUCAGAUUGCGAAAGCAAAACUCAAAACGUUAGUCAUCGACAGUCGGACACAAACAGUUUGGAAGAAGAGCAUAAAUACACCUGAUAAAGAUAGUAUUUGUGACAGCAUACAUCGUGAGAACUCGUCAAAUGAAUAUGAAAGUUAUAAAACUAACGCAACUGAUCAGAUGUACGAAAUACUACAAAAAGACAAAUGACACAUAUUUAGAACGUCGUUACCUAAGAUUUAGGAACAUGAGGUUUUUGUCAUAUCUUUAAACUAGACAUUUCGCGUGACUUAAAUGAGCGCUAGAACUUGUGAAACUAUAGGGCUAAUAUACAUAUGUUUAAGCUAAAUGUGUUGAAGAGUUUUGUAAGAAGUAUUCAGCAGCACCUUAAAUAAUCUGAUAGAUUCCAUGCACACCUAUGAAGCAUUUAUAAUAAAUUGAUAUGAUGAAGUUGGAUUUAUAAUAAUAAUAUCCUUAUCUAGAAAAAAAGUGGAACAUGUAUACUUAUUUUUCAUGACGGCCUUAUGAUUUAACAAUGACAAAGAAAAAGACAAAUGAUUUGUAACAAAACAAAGAAAAGUACUUGUAGAUCUAUACAAAAUUUGAAAUCCUUUUUUGUUCAAACAAAAAAUUCUAUGUAUCUUUUUAAUGUAGAUCUAAGAUAUUUUUAUUCAUUCAACCGACUGACACUCGUAUUAUUCAUAUCAUUUAUAGAUUAACUCAUUAUAAUAAAAAUAUCAUCAUACAUAGCUUUUAAUAUGAAGUGGUUUCAGUUAUAAUCACGUGUCUAAUUGUAAAAUAAAUAAAAAAUUUUAAGCUGGUUUUGAAAGAUUGUAAUGUCAAAUAUUGCUUAAUAGUAAAAUGUAAUUUGUUCCAGACCAAUGCUUAAAAUACGAAUAAGAAUCAUUGGAAUAAUAAGUAUGAGGUAAAGUUUUCAGUACAUAUUCCUUAUGAGUGAUAAUGCGAAAAUUAUGUAAUUUAUGGUGAAAAACUUACAAUUUUUCAACAUCAUGUUAUGAGAUUUAUACACCAUAAUUGUAGUGUGGUAUUACACAAUGAAAUUUAGAAUAUUUAAUUUUGGUGAACGUAUCGGUCGGUUAAGUUUUAUUUCUUUUGUUACAGAACAAAUCUUGUCAUUCCAUAAAAAUAUGAUAGCACAUUUCAUUAAGAUAAUCAGCAUAUUUAUGCAAAACU